UAGGCUCCGGGUUUCUCUCUCAAAGCACCUAUAUAUAUAUAUAUACAACCGACGUUUCCUCCUCCCCUCUCACGCAAUCCCCGUGCCCUCCAUCGAAUUCGAAACCCGAAUCUAGGUUCAUCUUCGAAGCCCUGCCUGCCCUAGAUGUUGUCCGGCGAGGCGGCGGAGGGAUCGCCGGAGCCGUUCCGGAUCUUCGUCGGGUACGACCCGAGGGAGGACGUGGCGUUCGAGGUGUGCCGGCGGUCGCUGGUGAAGCGGUCGUCGGUGCCGCUGUCGAUCCGCGCCAUCCGGCAGGCGGAUCUGCGCACGGCGGGGCUGUACUGGCGCGUGCGCGGGCCGACGGAGAGCACGGAGUUCUCGUUCACGCGCUUCCUCACCCCCUUCCUCGCCGGCUUCCGCGGCUGGGCCAUGUUCGUCGACUGCGACUUCCUCUUCCUCGGCGACGUCGCGGAGCUCCUCGCCCUCGCCGACCCCCGCUUCGCCGUGAUGUGCGUCAAGCACGACUACGCCCCCUCCCAGCCCACCAAGAUGGACGGCGCCGUCCAGACCGUGUACCCGCGCAAGAACUGGUCGUCCAUGGUGCUCUACAACUGCGCCCACCCCAAGAACGCCGCCGCCCUCACCCCCGACGCCGUCAGCUCCCAGACCGGCGCCUUCCUCCACCGCUUCAUGUGGCUCGACGACGCCGACAUCGGCGACAUCCCCUUCGCCUGGAACUUCCUCGUCGGCCACAACCGCGUCGACCCCCUCGACCCCGCCACCCGCCCCCGCGCCAUCCACUACACCUCCGGCGGCCCCUGGUUCCACGCCUACAAGGACUGCGAGUUCGCCGACCUCUGGCUCAACGAGCUGGAGGAGCUCAACAAGGACAAGGACAAGGACAAGGCGAAGGCGAAGGCGAAUCCCCUCGCCGCCGCCGCCGCCGCCGCCAAAGAGGAUCAGAAGAAGAAGGCGACGGGGAUCGCGGCUGAGGCCCCCGCUGCCGUGGCUGCGGCGCCAGCUGUUUGAUCGUUUGCCUCUGUUAUCCUGAUAUAGGAGAUUUUAGGUUCUUCGCAUUCUCGGUAAUUUUGAUAAUUAGCAAUCCUCAUUUCAUCAUCGUUAUUAUUAUUAUUAUUAUAGGCGAUAGCCAUUCUAUGCGAUGAUAGCAAUGUCGAUUUUCUGCUGUUCAGAAUGAUUUUCGGUAUUAUUUGCGAGAAUUGCCAUUCUAUUCUUCCUGCUUGCUCUGUUGUUGAUCUCUCGCACGGGCCGCGAAUUAGUGUAAACCUCUAGUUUCGUUUGGUGUCAUAUGAUAGUGUUUUAUUCU